GAGAGGAGGAGAAUAUCAAGUUUCUUGCGAGAAAGGAAAAGAAAAACUCUAUUUAUUAGCUAGCUACGGUUCUUUUCAACUCGAUUCAUCAUCGUCUAGGGUUAGAAAGUGGAGCUAUUCUAGACUUCUGUUCCAUUGUUCACUCUCUUCUCCCAGUUUCAGUGUCUUGUGUUCUAGGGUUUGUGUCUUGUAUAUUCAAUGGCGGAUCCGAACGCGAGCGGCAGCGGAACAACCCGAGAGGAGGCGUCCUUGAAGGUUCCGUCGAAGGACCCGAAGAAGAAGGAUGACAAGAAAGAAGACGAUCUGUCGGAGGAGGAUUUGGCAUUGAAGCAGCAAUUGGAGUUGUAUGUGGAGAGGGUUCAGGACUCCGAUCCAGGGCUACAGAAGAUGGCGCUCGAGAGUAUGAGGCAAGAAAUUCGUACCUCGACAAGCUCAAUGACUUCAGUUCCGAAGCCAUUGAAGUUUUUGCGCCCUCACUACGGUACGCUAAAAGCGUAUUAUGAAAUGAUGGCUGCAGAUUCAGAUUUAAAGAAACUCCUUGCUGACAUACUUUCGGUGUUGGCCUUGACCAUGUCAGCAGAAGGUGAAAGGGAGAGCUUAACAUAUCGAUUGUUAGGUUCUGAAGGUGACAUUGGUUCAUGGGGUCAUGAAUAUGUCAGGAACCUAGCUGGAGAAAUUGCACAAGAGUAUGCAAAGCGUCAGGGCGAAGAAGCCCCAAUAGAUGAUCUAAUGGAGCUUGUGCAACAAAUAGUUGCCUUCCAUAUGAAGCACAAUGCUGAACCUGAGGCUGUAGAUCUUUUGAUGGAGGUUGAAGACCUUGAUUUGUUACUGGAGUAUGUUGACACGACCAAUUUUAAAAGGACGUGCUUGUACCUAACUAGUGCAGCAAGAUAUCUUGCUGGACCAGAUGAUAUGCUAGUCCUAGAUAUUGCAUACAUGAUCUAUCUAAAAUUUGAAGAAUAUCCAAGUGCACUUCAGAUUGCAUUAAUCCUCGACAACAUGCAGUAUGUAAAGCAGGUUUUUACAUCUUCUGAUGAUCUGCUGCGAAAGAAGCAAUUCUGUUACAUCAUAGCUCGGCAUGGUACAACAUUUGAGCUUGAUGAGGAGAUGGCUGCAGAUGAUGAAGACAGGGAGGCAUUGCAAGAAAUCAUCAAUAACACUAAAUUAAGUGAAGGCUAUCUUACCCUUGCUCGUGAUAUAGAGGUUAUGGAGUCCAAAUCUCCCGAGGACAUUUAUAAGGCACAUUUGCUUGAUGGCCGGGCUAGUGCUGGUGCAAGUGUUGAUUCUGCCAGACAGAAUUUAGCUGCUACAUUUGUCAAUGCAUUUGUAAAUGCUGGCUUCGGACAGGAUAAGUUAAUGACAGUCCCAUCAGAAGCUUCAAGUGGUGGUUCUUCAGGCAACUGGCUUUUCAAAAAUAAAGAACAUGGGAAGGCCAGUGCUGCGGCAAGUCUGGGUAUGAUCCUGCUUUGGGAUGUUGAUUCUGGACUUGCUCAAAUUGACAAGUAUUUCCACAGCAAUGACAACCAUGUCAUUGCAGGUGCAUUACUGGGAGUUGGAAUUGUUAACUGCAGUAUUAAGAAUGAUUGUGAUCCUGCAUUGGCACUUCUUGCUGAUUACAUAGACAAAGAAGAUUGUUCUAUCAGAAUUGGUGCCAUAAUGGGCCUGGGCCUUGCGUAUGCAGGUGCUCAGAAUGAGCAGAUCCGCAGUAAAUUGACUCCUAUCCUUGGAGAUGCAAAAUCACCCCUUGAUGUGAUUGCAUUCACUGCAAUUUCAUUGGGCUUGGUAUAUGUGGGUUCCUGUAAUGAAGAGGUUGCUCAGGCAAUUAUAUUUGCAUUAAUGGACCGAAGUGAGUCAGAAUUAGGAGAGCCCCUAACACGACUUUUGCCUCUUGGUCUUGGUCUUUUAUACCUUGGCAAGCAGGAAAGUGUAGAGGCCACAGCAGAAGUUUCAAAGACAUUUAAUGAAAAAAUCAGAAAAUAUUGUGAUAUGACCUUGCUUUCUUGUGCCUAUGCUGGAACAGGGAAUGUGCUUAAGGUCCAACACCUUCUAGGUCAGUGUGGGCAACAUCUUGAGAAGGAUGCAACCCAUCAGGGAGCAGCUGUACUUGGACUUGCUAUGGUAGCAAUGGCUGAAGACCUGGGCCUUGAGAUGGAAAUUCGCUCAAUGGAGCAUCUGUUACAGUAUGGUGAGCAGAAUAUCAGAAGGGCAGUUCCUUUGGCCCUUGGUCUCCUAUGCAUUUCAAAUCCUAAGGUCAAUGUUAUGGACACGUUAAGUAGACUUAGUCAUGAUACUGAUACAGAAGUAGCAAUGGCUGCCAUAAUCUCCUUGGGGUUGAUAGGUGCAGGAACCAACAAUGCUAGAAUAGCUGGCAUGCUCCGUAACCUUUCGAGUUAUUACUACAAGGAAGCUAGCCUUCUCUUCUGUGUACGAAUUGCUCAAGGCCUCGUACAUCUGGGGAAGGGCUUGUUGACUCUUUCUCCAUACCAUUCUGAACGCUUCUUAUUAUGCCCGACGGCACUGGCUGGAAUAGUGACCCUGUUGCAUGCAUGUCUUGACAUGAAAGCCAUCAUACUGACGAAAUACCAUUAUGUCCUUUACUUCCUGGUUUUGGCAAUGCAGCCAAGAAUGCUGUUGACAGUGGAUGAAAAUCUGAAACCUUUGUCAGUACCUGUUCGGGUAGGCCAAGCGGUUGAUGUUGUUGGUCAAGCAGGUCGACCCAAGACCAUUACUGGUUUCCAGACUCACUCAACCCCAGUACUUCUGGCUGCUGGGGAUAGAGCAGAACUUGCAACAGAAAAGUAUGUUCCCCUUUCUCCUAUUUUGGAGGGCUUUGUAAUUUUGAAAGAGAACCCAGACUACAGAGACGAGCAAUAGGUGGAUCUACUUUGAUUCCAAUUCCAACCCGGUCAAGUAAAAUUUGAUUCCAAUAGUUACUCAGGCCCUGUAAAAUUUAAUAUCUUUAUUUGGGAUGGAAUAUUGGAUUUGAAUUUGUAUUCAGGCACCCCCUUCCUUCUCUUUUGUUAAACCAAAUUUUCAGAGCGCAAUCUGGUUUGCCAGUUUUGGUUGCUUUUAUACAAUGAAUCAAAAGCAGUGUACCGUUUUAGCAUGCUACAUUCUGACGGACUGUUUUGCUUUUCA